GUAUUCAGUGCGGCGGAAGUCCUGCCAGAGAUGUUCUACGAGAAGAGAUCUUCCUUCAGCUAAAUUCGAAAUAACGUGACGCGGAAGUGAAGUGUGUGCUCUUCACAGUGCGAAGGUCUCCUCACCACAACGCGAACUCUUGACCACCGACACCAAGAUGCCAGCAAUAGAAUAUAAUUGUGGCACCAGCGAUGUUGUGGACAUCAUUUGCAGGCUGGAUCCAGAUCUGUUAGCUGAACAAUGCCAGCACAUUCUGAGUUAUCUCCAAGGGCAGACCAAAGGAGUUGAUUCAGCUGUCAUUUUUGACGUAUUUCAGAGAGCGGGAGUCACACUCCAACACGAAUCUCUGCAGAGCAUCACCAGAUUCCUCUUGCUAACUUUCAGGUCUGCUGGGAAGAGCAAACAGUCUGCAGAUGAUUUGGUGUCUCGGCUGGAAGAAAGCAGCAACAAAUGGUCCAAAGCGUCGCUGCAGGUGCUUGGCAGCUCAUGGAGGCAGCAUGGAGAAUCGGUGCAGGUCCAGCAGGCCGUGCAGGACAUGCUCAGCGUGGGCCAGCUGGUGGACAUGCAGUGGAAGCUGGGCCUGGCAGUCAGUUCUGACACCUGUCGCUCUCUCAACUCGCCCUUCGUGACCAUCCUGUUGAAGAUCGCUGAGCCUUCGGGACAGAUCCAUCAAAAGGCUUUCGAGAUGACCGUACCGCAAUUUCAGAACUUUCACAAGCAGAUGAAGGAGGUUGCUGCUGUCAUGGAGACUGUAUGAUGAUCUCCAAGCUCUCCUUUCAGGGCUUUAUGGAGCGAAGGACUGUGACUGGCAACAUUCCACACUAAUCAGAGGAGAUUCGCCUUGUUUGCUACGAUGAAUACACGCCCCUCACAUUUCAGCACGCAAAGCCUAUACAUGAGAGUAGUCAGUGUACAGCUUUAUAGAGCAGUAUUGACUUACUGUAUUAUUGUCACCUCACAGUUGUCAAUAGUAAAAUCAGAGUAUUGCAGGAGGGGUUGUGAAUAUUUUGUUGAUUGACUUUAAAAAUAUAUUUUUUUAAUAGUACACCAGGGGUGUCCAAACUUUUUCCAUUGAGGGCCGCACACGGAAUAAUUAAAGCAUGCGGGGGCCAUUUUGAUAUUUUUCAUUUUCAAAUCAUAACAAAAUAUAUAAAUAUAAAGGGUCUCAGUCAUUAAAAUGUUAAAAAUAAGUCACAAUAUUAUUAUUUUUUUUAUAUAACGCUUACAGUAAAUCUCUAUAUCAACUUCAGGUUGAUAUAACGUUAAAAAAAAAAGGUUUUAUGCCUUUUCUGUCAAAGACAACUUAGUUUUUUAUAGUAAAAGUGAAAUAUGCAGUAUUUUCCCCACCGCCCAAAACAUUCAGAAAGCAAUGUUUGAUGUGAAGUAAUUGGAGCCCUAAAAAGAUCAAUAAUGCAGGACACCAUUGAUUUUAAUUUAUUAUUAUUUUUGAUUAAUCACAGUAAAAAAAUCAACAAAAUUCCAUUAAAUAUAUUUGGGAUCCAAAAGGUCCCCCACUCAUAAAGUAAUACAUUUUUAUCAUAUAUUUUUUUACUUUCAACACUUAAAUUACGAGAUCAACUACAGAUAUAUCUGUCCAUUUUACGUUUGAACUAUUAUUUUGUUUGUUUUAUGCUCUUAUGUCAAAGAAAACAUUGUUUUUAUAUGGCAACCACACAAUAUAUGCAAUAUUUUCCACAUAAAACAUUUUAAAGUGAAAUAUUUGAAGUAAUUGGAGCCUUUAAUAGAUCAAUAUUAGAUUAUAACAUUAAAUUUUAAAAAAAAAAAUUAAUUUUUUUUUGAGCAAUGGCAAAAAAAAGGCAAAAUAAAGAAAGACAAAAGAAAAACAAACGCUUUGUGUCAACAUUGCAACUGUUCCUCGUUAGAUUUCACCUCAUUCCACUUUUUUUAAUGUUCAUUUGAAAUUUUUGCAAUAGCAUUUCCAGAAUGUGUGGCGGGCCGCUAAACAAUUAGCUGCGGGCCGCAAAUGGCCCCCGGGCCGCACUUUGGACGCCCCUGUAGUACAGCCACAAGUUUCAAUGCCUCUAAAUACACAUUAACAUCGAUCCAACACACUAGUGUAGUUGAGAAAAGGCAGUAACAAGGCUACCCUACUGUAUCUUGCAGCUUUAACAUAAAAACAUAAAUAAUAUAUCAUUCAUUUUAGCAUUAAAGAUAGCUAGUGGUUAGCGCAUUAACUGCCCCCUAGUAAUUAGCGUGCUAGUUGCCAGCUAAUUAUUAACAUGCUAGUUGCCAGUUAGCAAUUAGCUGUGACGACCGGGUGCGGGUGUUCUCUCAGAGAUGCAGACGGGCUUCGGACACAGCUUGCAGGUACAAAAUUAUUUAUUUAAGAAAUAACAAAUACUGGAAACAAACAAAAACGUGCUCAUGGCACUUAAAGCAAAAACUAAAGGAGCUCGCGUGGGAGCUAGAGAAAACACUAAACAUACAGAGCCUUUAGCGUGGGAGCUAGAAGGUUACCAGAUCAAGAACAGAAGUCGUCAACUGUUGUGAGAAGACAAAUUACGAAGCCAGACCGACUGGCUGGGGAGGCAGGCUUUAAAUAAUAAUGUCAAUCAUGAAAAACAGGUGCACGUCGGUAACACCCGCGGCAGGUGAAAAUAAUCAGUAACUAUGGUAACCAAACUGAGAAGUGCUUAAAACAGGAACUAGAAAGAGAUCAAGACUAACAGAAAAACACAAGUGACUAGAAAACUUAAACAGAAAUAUGAUCCGGGCAGCGGAUCAUAACAUUAGCACUUUAGUGGUUAGCUAGUAAUUAGCGUGCUAGCUUACACUUAAUGUUUAGCGUGCUAGUUGCCAGCUAGUAAUUAGUGUGCUAGUUGCCAGAUGGGGUUUAGCUUGCUAGUUGCCAGAUUGUAAAUAGAGUGCUAGCUGCCACGUAGCGACUGGCAUGCUCGUUAGCAGCCAGCUAAUAGUGGCCCUAUAAUGUGUUAUUGGAAUAGCUUAGUAUGGCACAACAACAAGGUAUUAGUUGAAUUAAAAACAGGAGGUGCUCCAUCUCUCCGUCAGUUUGGGGGUCCUCGGCCUGGGAAAACGUUGAAGAGUGCUAAGUUCAAUGGUUAGUGUGAGCACCACAGUUAUCUCCCACUGCGUUAAAAAAUCGAUUCGAAUUCAAAUCGCGAUUCUCACGUUGUGCGAUACCAUUUUUUCGUCUUUUUUUUUUUUUUUUGUCUUUUCUUAAAAAAAAUUUUUAAAUUCAAUGAAUCAAUCCAACAAAACAAUACACAGCAAUACCAUAACAAUGCAGUCCAAUUCCAAAAGCAAAGCCGAGCCAGCAACACUCAGAAGUGCAACAAACAGAGCAAUUGAGAGGAGACACAAACACCACACACAACAAUUGAGAGGAGACACAAACACCACACACAACAAUUGAGAGGAGACACAAACACCACACACAACAAUUGAGAGGAGACACAAACACCACACACAACAAUUGAGAGGAGACACAAACACCACACACAACAAUUGAGAGGAGACACAAACACCACACACAACAAUUGAGAGGAGACACAAACACCACACACAACAAUUGAGAGGAGACACAAACACCACACACAACAAUUGAGAGGAGACACAAACACCACACACAACAAUUGAGAGGAGACACAAACACCACACACAACAAUUGAGAGGAGACACAAACACCACACACAACAAAGCAAAAGUAGUGAAACAAAAAUGAAUAUUAUCAACAACAGUAUCAAUAUUAGUUACAAUUUCAACAUAGCAGUGAUUAAAAAUCCCUCAUUGACAUUAUCAUUAGACAUUUAUAAAAAAGAACAAUAGUGUGACAGUGGCUUACACUUGCAUCACAUCUCAUAAGCUUGACAACACACUGUGUCCAAUAUUUUCACAAAGAUAAAAUAAGUCAUAUUUUUGCUUCAUUUAAUAGUUCAAACAAAUGUACAUUAUUGCAAUCAGUUGAUAAAACAUUGUCCUUUACAAUUAUAAAAGCUUUACUCCUCUGCUUGCAUGUCAGCAGACUGGGGUAGAUCCUGCUGAAAUCUAUGUAUUCCAUCAAUAGACAAUCCUUUUCAAUCGGGAAAAUAUCCUUUUUGAAUCGAGAAUCGCGUUGAAUCGGGAAAAAAAAUCGAUUUUGAAUGGAAUCGUGACCCCAAGAAUCGAUAUUGAAUCGAAUCGUGAGACACCCAAAGAUUCACAGCCCUAGCGUUAAUCUUCUCGGGCGUGGAACUAUUUAAGAGCGCCUCAGGUUGUUACUGGAAUCCUCUUUCACUUCACUUCUGAUGGUGACAACCUUCGUGCCGCUUGAGGAUGCCCCACAGGUGCGUUCAGGUGUGGAAGAGACAUAUUUGCUUACUGGAGGUGUGUUUGGGCUCAUUACCUUGUUGGAAAAAACUACCUCGCUUCAAUGCAAUUCAUAUUUCCCAUCAAUGAAACCGCAGCUCCCCAGUGCUGGCAGCCCUCAUGCGCGCCACUUGACCGGCACCAUUAUCUUGCUACUCAUUGUAUUCAGUCAAUUAAAGGCCUACUGAAAGCCACUACUAGCGACCACGCAGUCUGAUAGUUUAUAUAUCAAUGAUGACAUCUUAACAUUGCAACACAUGCCAAUACGGCCGGGUUAACUUAUAAAGUGACAUUUUACAUUUCCCGCCAAACUUCCGGCUGAAAACGUCUAUGUAUGAUGACGUAUGCGCGUGACGUCAAUGGUUGAUACGGAAGUAUUGGGACACAUUGUAUCUCAAUAAAAACAGCUCUGUUUUCAUCGCAUAAUUCCACAGUAUUCUGGACAUCUGUGUUGGUGAAUCUUUUGCAAUUUGUUUAAUGAACAACGAAGACUGCAAAGAAGAAAGCUGUAGGUGGGAUCGGUGUAUUAGCGGCUGGCUGCAGCAACACAACCAGGAGGACUUUGAGAUGGAUAGCAGACGCGCUACGGUGAGUACAGCUUUGGCUUCCAAACAUUUGAUCGCUUGCCCGUA